AUGUCGCCUGACUGGUGGACGCCGCUGGUGCUGGUGCUGCUGGUGGGGGCGCCCUUCCUGCGGCCGCUGCCCUUCGUGGGGAACAUGCUGCCACUGGCGUUGCGCAAGUUGGCCAUGCACGACGUCGUCAUCCGGCUGUACCGGAAACUCGACCCUCACGCCUACGGAGGAUUCUUCCUGUUUUCUGCGCCACUCGUAAUGAUAAGAGACCCUGAAAUCAUACGGACGGUCACCGUUAAAGAUUUUGACCACUUCACAGACCACUUUGUGCUUUUCGGCAACAGUAAACAUAACCCAAUGUUGCGGCGGAUGCUGUUUUCGUUGAAAGGUAGAGAGUGGCACGACAUGCGAUGCACCCUGAGCCCAGCUUUCUCUUCGAUGAAGAUGAAGAACAUGUUCUUACUAAUGGCCGAGAUUGGACAUCAGAUGGUCGAGUAUUUGACGAAGAAAACAGCGGAGCAUGAGAUUUCUUCUGGCGGGGAAGGGAUCCUCACGCUGGAGAUGAAGGACUUCUUCACACGCAUGACCAACGACAUUAUUGCAACCACAGCAUUUGGAGUCAAGGUGGACUCGCUUUCGGAGCCCAACAACUCUUUCUACACGAUGGGUCGUGCUCUCACCACCUUCAGAACGACGGUCGCUUUUGGAUAUUUGAUAUCAUCGAAACUAAUGGAACUACUGCGCAUACCGUUCUUGGACCCAAAGGCCGUGGACUACUUCACGUCCAUAAUCUCAGAAACUAUUCGAACGAGAGAGAAACACGGAAUCAUUCGCCACGAUAUGAUCCAUCUAAUGAUGCAGGCGCGACGAGGCGAACUAACAUCGCAGGAAGAAGAGGUAAACGGAACCGUGGAAGUCAAAGGAAAGCCACCCCUUACCGAUGAAGACGUGACGGCGCAGGCGGUUAUAUUCUUCUUCGGCGGCUUCGAUACCGUUUCGUCUCUGAUGGUGUUCAGCAGCUACCUGUUGGCCACGCAUCCGGACGUGCAGCGGCGCCUACAAAGAGAAGUGGAUGACGUCAUGCAGAAGAGCGGCGGCCAACCCAGCUACGAGGAGGUCCUGGGAUGCCAGUACCUCGACAUGGUGCUCUCCGAGACCCUGCGCAUGUACGCGCCGCUGCCGUCCCUGGACCGCCAGUGCGUCCGCCCCUACAGGCUGCCGGCGACGGGGAGGGGGAGCUGUCCAGGGCUGGAGCUGCGGCCGGGAGACGGCAUCUGGCUGCCGGUGCACGCCAUCCACCACGACGCUCAGUACUUUCCAGAUCCCGACCGCUUCGACCCGGAACGCUUCAGUCCGGAGAACAAGCACCUCAUCAAACCGUUCACGUACUUUCCGUUCGGCUGUGGACCACGUUUCUGCAUUGCUCAGAGGUUCGCACUGAUGGAGACAAAGGUGGUGCUGCUACACAUGCUGUCCAGAUUCAGCCUGGAAGUGGUUCCCAAGACUCCGGUGCCACUCAAAAUUCAGCCAAAGCCAAAUCUCUUGAUCCGAGGUGGGGCUUGGCUGGGCCUUCGACGCCGGACUUGACUGAUUGCGUGCAGAAACGAAACUUAGUCUAUGGCGACCUCAGCAGUGUAUCACAUUAAGCGUGAUGUACAAGAAAAACCGAAAGUUAAUGCCACUUAUUGAAAUAUUUACUUGUUGGAUCAAAGAAAAGUUUCAUAUUAUGCGGUAUGACAUUAAUUGAACUUUGCUGUUUUAAGAUAGCCAGGGAUAUUCGAAGUAUACCGCCAUAUUAUUCACCCAGAUGAGUUUUCGAGGUAAUUAGUUUUCUUGCUUUCAGACGAGAUAUUCCUGAUUUGACAAACAUCUUUGUCAAUCUCUAGCCUAUGUAACUUCUUCAUACUGUUUUAUGACUGUAAUUAGAGUCUUCUACAUUAUCUGUUACAUGUUGCAGAUUACGCUGUCUUGUCACGAAUUUCACAGAUUUUGUCUCGGUGGCUGAGUUGGUGAGGAGUGGCGUCGAGACGCUACCUGUCACCCGGUUCCGUAAGGCGGAGGGGCACGACGGCUGUUGAUUAUCUCGCUACGUGAAGCGGACGAGCCCGGCAGUCUCGUCACUUACUGGCGGCCUCUUUUUCCACAGAAAAGUGACGGCUCGAAAGUGGGUGCUCUACCAGGUGGACGGGCAGUCAGUGGGCACCUCAGGCCCCAGUUUAGAGUCAGUCACAGCCGCUAUAUUACCGGUAAUACUGGCGGCAUCACAGAAAUUCACCCACACUAAAACUGCAGCGACAGUGCGAAUAUUUUGACGAAAAAGUAAUAAAGAGUAAACACCUACAAAAUAAUUGAUGAUCGGUAUUUGGCAAGCAGGAUGGAAGUAUAUGGAAGGGGAAGGGAAAUGUAUGGAAAUUAUCAGACUUACUCAACCAAUUGAACGCACAACGAGAGUUAUAUGAAGAUAGAAGUUUCAGGACAUUAUACUCGCUGAGUUACGUUAAAUGAGUGAGGGAAAAUUAGUAUUCCAGAGUAGGAGAGAUUGAGGCACGUCUACGCACGGUCCGCUUUUAGGCAGAGCAGUUUCUUCCCGAAGCGCUGCCGAUAAUGGAUGACAAGUGCUGCCACAAGCUUCGUGGCUUCAGCAGAGUGAACAUUUUAGCGUGAAGAUCAUAUUUGUAUGAGCAAGGUGAGUAAAUUCUGAUACUCAAAAAUCGAAGCUCCUAGGGAGCACCACCUUUAGAAUUGACAAUAGGUGAAUUUACACUGAUCAGCCAGUACAUUAAGACCGCCUACCUAAUAUAACAGCCGGUGUGUCCACUUUUGGUACGGAUAACAGUGGCGGCGCGUCGUGACCUGGAAGCAGCCAGACCCCGGUAGGUCGCUGGGGGGAACUGGCACGUCAGUGGCACGCACGAGUCACGCAGUUCCCGUAAAUUCCGGGGAGAAGGGCGGUGAGCUCUGACGCCACGUUCAACCACAUCAACUGCAACUCUCCGCUGUGUUCCUCGAACCACUCCGUCACACUCGUGGCUUCGUGACAUGGAGCAUUAUCUUGCUGAAAAAUGCCACUGCCGUCGGGAAACAUGAUCGUCAUGAAGGAGUGUACACGGUCUGCAACCAGUUUACGAUACUCCUUAGCUGCCUUAUACGAGCUCCUCCGGCCCCAGCACGCGCACGUGAAUGUUCUCCAGAGCAUAAUGGAGCCGCCGCCACCUUGUCUUAGUACGGGCGUGAAAGAACUGUUCACCUACAAGAUGAAAGAUUCGCGCCCUCCCAUCGGCAAGAAGGUAUCGGAAUUCAUCAGAUCGUGUAACGCGCUCCCUCCGCGCCAGUGUCCAGUGUCGGUGGUCUUCUGCCCAUUUCUGUCGCAGUUGCCAGUGUCGUGCUGUUAACACUGGCACAUGCACGGGUCGUCGGCUGCGGAGGCCCAUCCUUAGGAGUGUUCGGUGCACUGUGUGUUCAGACACACUUCUGCUGUGCCCAGCAGUAAAAUCUGAUGCUAGUUUCGCCACAGUUCGCCGGAUGUUCUGUUCCACCAGUCUGCCCAGCCUGCGAUGUCCAACAUGUGUAAUGAAGGCUGGCCGCUCAACCCCACAACUGCUGUACAUGGCUUCACCUUGGUUUCACCAAGUGUUGAAGACACCACAGGACUCCUCGAACCGGGUUCGAUUCCCGGCGGGGUCAGGGAUUUUCUCUGCCUCGGGCAUGGGUGUGUGUGCUGUCCUUAGGUUAGUUAGGUUUAAGUAGUUCUAAGUUCUAGGGGACUGAUGACCAUAGAUGUUAAGUCCCAUAGUGCUCAGAGCCAUUUGAACCAUUUGAACUCCUCGAACAUCCGACAGGUCGUGCGCAGUUUCCGAAAUGCUCGUACCGCACCUCCAGGCGACCACAGCCUGCCCUCGGUCAAACUCAGACCGCUCGCUUUCCCCAUUCUACACACGGACAGAGCGCCCACUGGUGCUACGUGCACAGUGCGUGGGCCUGACCAGCAGUCAGUCCUCGCCAGCAGACGAUGCCAUCGCCGGGACGGCUUUAUAUCGAUAGUUGGUCGAUGGUUACAAUCUUCUGGCUGAUCAGUGUAUCUGCGUUUACAGGAAAUUAUGCUACAUUACAAGAUACAUUCGUACAACGUGAAAGCCUCAGAGUUACUACUGUAGUUUCGAAACUAAUUCUAACACGACGAUUUGGCACGUUUACGGACUGUUUUGCUUUGCAGUCCAAACUGAUAUGCCAGUCAAGAAAACUUCAAGACAGUUGCAGACACAAUCUAAAAAAGUGGCAGCACAGGAGAAUAAGAGAUAUAAAUUACUAAAAAAGUUAUUUGAACGUAAUGAAUUUCAAGUGGAAAGAAUUAAUUUUAUGAGAUCAACGACUGAUAAGGGCAAGAAAUUGCUAAAAGCAAGAACAAGGAAAAAUGUGGGUAGGCCUCCUCUGAUGUCACCAGGCUAGCAUUCUGUCGAAAGACAGGUCUUUCACAAGGUAACUCUCCAAGCUCUCCUGUCUUCCGCCACCUCUCUCGGGUCCGCUUCACUUUAUGUCGUCUAUCCUUUUGUCACUCCUCCUUCAUCUCCGUCUCCUCUUUCGAACCAAUCCUUUCAAAGCGUCAGUUAACAAGCACUCCCAUCUCAACGAAUGUCCCAUACAGUUCUUCUUGUUUUCUUUUGCAACCAGCAGAAGUCUGGUGAAGAGAAUGAACGCUGUCUUUGUAUUUAUUGAUUGAAAAGAUACAACCAAUCAAAAAAAAUCACGAAUGGUUCCACAGCUUUACAUGUAAAAGGUGAGCUCACGACGAAUGUAUCAUUGGAAACACAUUUUUCGUGUGAAAGUCGGACAAUGAUAAUGAAUGGUCGUUUAAUUAGCAUUCAGACUUCUGAGUAGGCCAUAGCACGCUAACAGCUGGAAUUUCGCAGGAAAAAUUAUUUCCACUAUAAUUUUUGUGCUUUUUUAUAUUAAUUGAUGUAAGUAAACCUGUAUCAAAUAAAUUUAAAAACUUUA